CAGAGUGUGCACAUGUCAUAAGCCAUUCAAUCCAUUACUAAUACGUAUAACACUUUUUUAAUUGCAUUUUUGUCUCACGUUUUCAUUGAAUCAAUUAAUUUAAUUGUCAUUUCAUUUGUUUCGUUCAAAUUGUUAUACCAUUUGUCUGUUAUUUAUAUCUAAAUUAACCGACAUUUUGAUCAAUAGAUUAUUAUAUAUAAUAAUCAGUGAUAUAUUUAUUGACCGACUUUUGAUCGCCUUAUUGUUAACGUAAGCGCUAAUCGUUUUACCACAAGAACUGGUCAUCCAUUAGAGAAGACAAUGCCGUCGGACAACAAGAAGAAGAGAGACGCCAAGAAGAAAGAGAUGGCCAAACAGAAGGUUCAGCCGAAGAAAGUGGGCGACGAGGAGACAAACGGCUCGACCAACGGUACGGAAGUGACCACUAAUGGGAACGGAUUGCCGAUCAGUGAAGAGGAGAAACUCGUGAAGUCGUUGGAGAAGGACAUGGAUUUGAACGCCGAGUCGAGAGCGUGUACUGGAGUUCUGGGAAUACAUCCGCGUUCGCGAGACAUUAAAAUUCACAACUUUUCCAUCACUUUUCAUGGCGUAGAGCUCUUUCAGGACACAAAAGUGGAGUUGAGUUGCGGCCGAAGGUAUGGUCUGAUAGGACUGAACGGCUGCGGAAAGUCGACUUUAUUGGCGGCGUUGGGCCGCCGAGAGGUUCCGGUUCAGGACCACAUCGAUAUCUAUUACUUGACUCGUGAAAUGCCGCCGUCAGAGAAGACGGCACUCGAAUCGGUUCUCGAUGUCGAUCAGGAAAGGGUUCGGUUGGAAGCGUUGUCCGAAGAGUUGGCCCAAUACGAUGACGAGGAGAGUCAGGACCAGUUGAUGGAUAUCUACGAACGUCUCGAUGAGAUCGGAGCCGACAAAGCGCAGGCAAAAGCGGCGUAUAUUUUGAGUGGUUUGGGGUUUACUAAAGACAUGCAAAACAAGAAAACCAAAGACUUUUCCGGCGGAUGGAGAAUGAGGAUAGCGUUGGCCAGAGCUCUAUAUGUCAAACCACAUCUACUACUGCUCGACGAACCGACCAAUCAUUUGGAUUUAGACGCCUGCGUUUGGCUCGAAGAGGAGCUUAAGUCCUAUAAACGCAUUUUGGUCUUAAUAUCUCAUUCGCAGGACUUUCUGAAUGGUGUUUGCAAUCAAAUCAUUCAUAUCGAUAAUAAACAGCUUAAGAAUUACGGCGGAAACUAUGACGCCUUCGUGAAGACUCGGGAAGAGCUGUUGGAGAAUCAAAUGAAACGAUAUAAUUGGGAACAAUCGCAAAUGGCUCACAUGAAGGACUAUAUCGCGCGUUUCGGUCACGGGAGCGCCAAACUCGCCCGACAGGCGCAGAGCAAAGAGAAGACUUUGGCCAAAAUGGUUGCCGGAGGUCUGGCCGACAAAGUGGUGAGCGAUAAGACGGUGUCAUUCAACUUCCCCUCGUGUGGGAAUAUCCCUCCGCCAGUCAUUAUGGUUCAGAACGUGUCCUUUCGCUACAACCCGGAGACGCCUUAUAUCUACAAGAAUCUGGACUUUGGUAUAGAC